UAGGGUUUUUUAUCGUUUCGUUUUUCGAAUGUUUUUCAGGCGAUAGGUUCUGUCCUGAAGCUAGCUCUUAAUUAUGGACAGGAUAAGUCAGUUGCCCGAUGAGCUUCUACUGAAAAUAUUGGCAAUGCUUCCCACCAUGAAAGAAGUUGUGGACACUAUGCUUUUGUCAAAACGAUGGCAGUUUCUUUGGAUGAUGGUUCCAAGAAUCAAAUACAAAGAUUCCUAUAAGAACCCCCAGUACGGAAGCUUUUCUCUGUUUGUAGAUAGAUCUUUCUUUAGGCACGAGGCUCCAGUUAUAGAAGCUUUGCAUUUCAAACUUGGUAGUAUUUGUGGUAGUGAAGAUAUUCAAGCGUGGAUGAGAGCUGCUGAUAAACGUUGUGUGCGUGAGCUGACUAUCAAGAUUUAUACUGAUAGUGAUUCAGUCUUACUUCCUUGGAGCUUGUAUAGAGGGGGAUGUAGCAUGCUUGUGACCUUGAAUAUACGAAAUGCAGUUCUUGUGGAUGAUCUUGAUUCACCAAUUUCGUUCCCAUCCCUCAGAACGUUGAGUCUUGAGUCCAUGAAGUAUCCAAGUGGUGAAUUUGUCAAGAAGCUUUUAUCCAACUGCCAUGUCCUUGAAAACUUGGUUGUGGAACAAUGCGAAGCUGACAAUGCUACCAUUUUCACUGUUAUCGUGCCUUCUUUAAAGAGUUUAGUCUUGAAAACAUUAGAAAACAAACUUGGAAACGAUGCUCAUGGGUUUGUGAUAGAUGCUCCUUCUUUGGAAAAUUUCGACAUUUUUCAUUUUAGUGGGUUUUGUACCUUUGAGAGCAAUAUGAGUAAGAUUGUGGAGGCAAAACUUGUCCUUAAUACUUGGAAGUUAUGGAAGAAGUUGGGUUCUAUUGCUUCGUUCAAGCGCCUUUAUCUGUGCCUACCAUCCUUAAACGAUAUGUAUCCUGCCGGUAGUGUCUUCUCCAGUCUUGUGCAUUUGAAGAUAUGCACAUGUGAGACAGAAUGGGUGAAUGUACUUAUGCGUGUGCUCAAAGAUUCUCCUAGUCUACGAGCUCUCAAACUUCACCAGUGUCAUUUCCUUCGAUCUAAGGAGCCGCGCCCAUGCUGGAACCCGGCAUGGAAUGAACCGAGUUCAGUUCCUGAAUGUUUGUUAUCAAGUAUUGAAACUUUCGAAUGGGUAAAAUACGAAGGAGCAGAAGAAGAGAAAGAAGUAGUAGCAUUUGUUUUUAGAAGCGCAAAGUGUUUAAAGAAGGCAACCAUUAAUUUCCACAGUAAAACCAAUGACACUGACAAGAAACUUGAGGUGAUCAAGGAGUUGUUCUCGUCGUCGAGGCGUUCGCCAGCCUGUCAGCUUGAGUUCCGCUGAAUUUAUGAGUAUGAGUCAGUGUGUGGCUUCCAGAUCUGAAUCUUAGAAAUAAAGUACAAUUUGUUAUGUUUUUAUUUGCUACAUUUAUAGCUCAUUCAAUUUGAAACUGUUUGGUUCAGUUA